AUGGGUUCCCUUCUGCUUGUGCUGGGAGAGACUCUCCUCCUGGGCCUUGGCCUGGCCAGCGCCGUCUACUACGUCUACCUCCUACCGCCCAAGGAGCCUCGCGGGAUACCCGUGAUCCCCUUCUGGGUGGCCCUCAUCCCCCUGUUCAAGGAUGUUGACCAACAAGACAUCUUCAACAAGUACAUCGACAGGCCGCUGCGAACCCACGGCGCCGUCAAGAUCUUCUUUGCGUCAAAGUGGAAUGUGCUUGUCCACCGGCCGACAUUUCUCAACGAAGUCUUCAAGUACGAGAAUCAGUAUCAAAAGACGGGCAAUCAUAAAAAGAUUCCCGGGAGCGUCCUCGCCUCUUUCCUCGGGGAUAACAUCAUAUCGAGCCAUGGCGAAACCUGGAAGAAAUAUCGUCAAGUCAUACAGCCCGGCUUACAGAGCAAGUUCGAACUCGACGCCCUGUUUGCCAAUGCGCUCCAGUUGCGCGACUUACUCCUGCAGUCUCAAGCCCAGAAGCCGCAGGGCGCCAUACCCAUCCAGGAGAGCAUCCAACGUUACACGAUCGCAAAUUUUGCGCAGAUAAAUUUCGGAGUUGAUUUUGGAACACUAGAGUCAAACCAGGCAUAUCUUCAUCAGCUCCAAUACAGCAUCAAGCGCGAGAUAUUCAAGCCCAUAUUCAUGAACUUUCCAUUUCUGGACCGCCUGGGCUUCCCGAGCCGAGAGAGAGCCCGACGGCUCGCCGCGCACUUCACCGAUCAGCUGAUCUUGGCGCUGGAGAGAGCUUCGGAUGCAGGCAGAGGGGCGGCCAGACCCGACGUAAACGACUUGCCGAGCUCCUUGCUAGCGGCUCGGUAUUCCGGAGCCUGGACUGAGCAGCAGUUCCGUGACAAUGUGACGGUUCUUUUCGUGGCGGGGCAAGAGAACCCCCAACUGGCCAUUAUAUCGGCGAUAUACUUGCUCGCCAAGCACCCGGAGAUCCAGGAACGACUGCAUGACGAGAUCGUCUCUCGCGGUGACGAUGCGCCCAGCGAAGAGAUGCUACAGAACAUGCCCUGGCUCGACGCCGUCGUAUUGGAAAGCCUGCGGCUGUUCCCACCCAUCGGGCAACUCAUAAAUCGCCGAGCCGCCGAGCCACUCAUCCUUGGAGACAACAUCAUGAUCCCACAAGGCGCCUGGGUAGGCUAUAACUGCUACUCGACGAACCGCGACCCGUCGGCCUGGGGCGCCGACGCAAACCGGUUCCGGCCGCAGCGGUGGGGAGACUCCAUACAGGACAUCCGUAAAGAGUACCGCAGGCGACGCGCGCGCGCCGAGUUCAUCUCGUUUCACGGCGGGCGACGGGCUUGUCUCGGCGAGCGGUUUGCCGUGCUCCAGAUGAAAGCGACCCUGUUCACACUUGCCAAGGGGCUGCGGUGGAGGCCUGACCCGACGUGGCCCGAUAGAAUGACCCCGGCCGGUCCGCUUUGUCCGAGAAACUUGCGCUUGAUUAUCGAGGCACGCAAAGGAAUGGGCGAUAUUACGCGGGCGUGA